AUGCAAAAGCUAACAGAACAUGUUAAUUCACUUAUUGAAGCAUUUGAAAGACUAUUUAAUGUGAAAAUGGAUGAAUUUGACUUAGAAGCUCCAAGUAAAGGAUCACAAGACGACCCAAACAAACAUGUUAAAGACUGGUUGGCAAAUUCUCAAAAUCAGUUCUCAGCCCCUAUUAGUUCACAAUCCCCACAAGAUCCACCAGUUGAAUAUUUAACUAGCAAAAUACAAAUUCAUACUACAAAUGUAAAAAUGAAAGCUCCAGCGGAGGUUGCAAAAUCUACCCUACAAAAUGUUCAUUCCUUAACACCAAACUUGUGUGAAGAAUUUGCUGAUGCAAAUGACCAUGAAAGGGAUAGAGAAACUGGUGAUAUAGAAAUGAUUGAAUUGGGAACACCGUUUCAAGAAAAUUAUGACUCUGAUAAAAGUGUUGUUGAAGAGACACCACAAAAAAACGUCUCCAUACCGAAAGUCAAACAAAAAACGGUUGCAUCCUUCCAAUCGGAUAGCGAUCAACGCAAAGAGUCGAAACCAAUAAACACCGACGACAAACGCAGUGUCCGAAGCGUCAUCAACAUAACGGACAGCGUGUCCGACUCGACUAAGGCCACUAAAGAAAACACCGUGAUAGAGUUUCACAACGCGAGACAAACUCUAGAAACGCCGCUGACGAUAAACAAAUUCGUCGACCAAAUCAAGCACAAAUCCACCCCGGUGGCGAGGAAGUCGCUCAAUUUCAACCGACGCGACGUCGACGACAACGAUCCGGAGCGGACAUUAUGCCCUAGCACGAUAGCAGUGGCGAGAACCACCCAGGAGAGGGAGUUCAUGAACGAGGUCUUCGAACAGCGCGACAUUUCGCCCACUCGCGAGGAAACGAUCGCGGCGGUGAAUCGUGCGCGACGCCCGAAUAAGCUGUGCAUAGCCGGCUCGUGUCUAACCCCCAUCGAAGCGGCGAAACUCAAGCUGUUUUGCAAAGAAAAGGGUUGGAGCUACGUGGAGAAGUACACGAGGGAUUUGACCCAUUUAGUUGUCGGCGUGGAUGAAGAGAAUAGGUCGCAAAGAUCAGUAAAAUAUAUGUGCGCCUUGGCGGCGGGAAAAUGGAUUGUUAGUUAUGCAUGGGUAGAGAAAUGCUUACAAAGCCAAACCAUAUUACCAGAGGAACCGUUCGAGAGCCUCGACGGCACUGGAGAGCCGGGGCCUAGACGGUCGCGCCUCGCUAAACGGAAGCUGUUUGAGGGCAUCAGGUUCUACUGCAUGCAGCCGUUCAGCGUAUUAGAUGUCGAAACAUUGAAGGAGAUCCUGGAGGCGUCGGGUGGGCAAGUGGUGGACGAUGCCAGCGAAGUGCGCGUCAAUAGCGAAAGGCCGGCCCUGUUGCUCGCCGAGCCAGAGAACACGCAAGAGGACAAGUUUAUUUACCUCGCAAUGAAACUCAACGUAGUGCCGGUGAACUACGAGUGGGUACUCAAUUGCCUCGGCAACUACACCCUUGGGCCGAUCCACGAAUUGCUGCUCUGCCCAUCUGCGCUCCUGCCACCAGCAACGAACGAAUGGCCCGUCGAGCUUAUCGCCCACGACUAUGAC